AUGUCCGACAAGAAGCCAACCGUGUCCAGCGUCCCCGACGAGUCUGCGGCGCCCUCCGACCAUGACAGCGUGAAGAGCAAGGGUGCAACCGACUCCGCGCCGCCUCUGGCGGCCCCGCUAGCAACUCAUGAAGGGCAGCGGACGGAAUCAGUGCUGGGUGAUGCAAUCUUGCGGUUCUUGCGAAUCCGCAGGGGACCGAAGAAGGAGGUGUACGACCUUGAUGCCAUUGCAACCCAGCCCAGCAUCUGGGACUCGGAAAAUAUCGACGAGUACAAAGAGCUGUAUAUCCACUCCAAAUGGGAGAACUGGCGCGCAUUCGAUCCCGGUUUCAGGUGGACGUGGCGCGAGGAGAGGGCGGUGCGUCGCAAAAUUGACCUGAAGAUUAUGUUCUGGGUCUGUAUCAUGUUUGCUGCGCUCAACAUUGAUCGGGGGAACAUCUCCAACGCUGUCUCAGACAACAUGCUGGACGAUCUGGGCCUUACGCAAGGCGACUAUAAUACCGGCAAGACCAUCGAGCGAGUGGGUUUCCUCGUCGCAGAGCUGCCAUCUCAGAUCCUCUCCAAGCGAAUUGGACCCGACAUGUGGAUUCCUAUCCAGAUAUGCAUCUUCAGUUUAAUCUCAGCUCUGCAGUUCUUUCUCAACGGGCGAGCCUCGUUUCUCGCUACUCGUUACCUGAUUGCCACAUUCCAGGGUGGAUUCAUCCCUGACACCAUUCUUUACCUGAGUUACUUCUAUACCGGUCCAGCGCUCCCCGUGCGACUGGCCUGGUACUGGAUAUCCGCUCAACUAGUCCAAAUUGUUACCGGCUUCGCUGCCGUCGGUCUUUUAUCCAUGCGCGGUAUCCUAGGAUACGCUGGCUGGCGGUGGAUGUUCCUCAUUGAGGGAAUCUUUACAUUCCUUGUCGGCGUUGCCUCGUUCUUCCUCAUGCCCCAGUGUCCGGCAAAGACCAAGAGCUGGUGGAACCCGAAGGGCUAUUUCAACGAGAAGGAAGAAAAGAUAAUUGUGAACGGCGUGAUCCGCGACGACCCCCAGAAAGGAGGAAUGUACAACCGACAAGGUCUCUCAGUCCGACAGAUCUGGGAAUGUACGAAGGACUAUGAUAUGUGGCCAUUAUACGCCCUUGGUCUACUCUUUGGUUUACCAAAGUACCCUGUAGACCAGUACCUGACUUUGUCGCUGCGUCAGCUCGGAUUCAACGUCGUCCAGACGAAUCUGCUGUCCAUCCCGUACAUUGUCGGUGGCAGUGUAACCAUGCUGCUUAUCACGGCCUUUAGUGAGUUGGUUAACAAUAGGAGUUUUGUGGCGAUGGCGGAGGAUGCUUGGUUAUUGCCCUGUUUUAUAGCACUUCUUGCUCUUGCGGACCCGAUCAGUCCGUGGGCUUACUUUGCUAUUGCUACGGUCUUGCUGUCGUUUCCUUACACCCACCCGAUCCAAGUUGCCUGGACCAGUCGAAACGCAGGAUCUGUACAGAACCGGACUGUUUCUGCCUCUCUGUACAACAUGUGGGUUCAAGUUAGCGGAAUGAUAGGCGCAAACAUCUACCAAUCCAGCGACUCGCCCCGAUACUUCAAAGCGAACAGGGGUCUACUCGUGAUAUGCAUUUGGAUGUGUGUAUUCCAAUACCCAGGUACAUACUUCUACUACCGCUGGCGCAACCGGUCCAAGGCCAGAAAGUGGGAUGCCAUGAGUCCUGGAGAACAGCAUAAUUACCGGCAGACGACGACGGACGAGGGAAAUAAGCGCCUUGACUUCCGGUUUGCGACUUAG